GCUGACAUGCAUGGUACCCUGACCUUUGUAUUGAUUCCCAGUCAGCAGAGCAAGCCGCCUCCUGGGAAGGAGACAGUUAUACACGUGAAAGCGCAUUUUGACUAUGAUCCCUCUGAUGACCCUUACGUCCCCUGCCGAGAGCUAGGCCUGUCUUUUCAAAAAGGAGAUAUACUCCAUGUGAUCAGCCAGGAAGAUCCAAACUGGUGGCAGGCUUACAGAGAUGGAGAUGAAGAUAAUCAGCCCCUGGCGGGCCUUAUCCCUGGAAAAAGUUUUCAGCAACAAAGAGAAGCAAUGAAGCAAACCAUAGAGGAAGACAAGGAGCCAGAAAAAUCAGGAAAACUCUGGUGCGCGAAGAAGAACAAAAAGAAACGGAAAAAGGUUUUAUACAAUGCAAAUAAAAAUGAUGAUUAUGACAAUGAAGAAAUUCUAACCUACGAGGAAAUGUCACUGUAUCAUCAACCAGCAAAUAGGAAACGACCUAUUGUUCUGAUCGGCCCACAGAACUGCGGCCAAAAUGAAUUGCGGCAGCGAUUGAUGAAUAACGAAGUGGAUCGCUUUGCUUCUGCAGUUCCCCAUACCACUCGGAGCAGGCGAGAGACUGAAGUAGCUGGCAGGGAUUACCAUUUCAUUUCCCGUCAGGCAUUUGAGAGUGACAUAGCUUCAGGGAAGUUCAUUGAAUACGGAGAGUUUGAAAAGAACCUCUAUGGUACUAGCAUAGACUCCGUGCGGCAAGUAAUCAACUCUGGCAAGAUAUGCCUUUUAAAUCUUCAUACCCAGUCACUGAAGACACUACGCAAUUCUGACUUGAAGCCAUACAUUAUAUUUGUUGCACCACCUUCACAAGAGCGAUUACGUGCUUUACUGGCCAAAGAAGGGAAAAACCCAAAGCCGGAAGAGCUGAGAGAAAUCAUAGAGAAGACAAGGGAGAUGGAACAGAACAACGGCCACUACUUUGAUACAGCAAUUGUGAAUUCUGACCUUGAUAAGGCAUAUCAGGAGUUACUGCGGUUAAUAAACAAACUUGACACAGAACCCCAGUGGGUGCCCUCUACCUGGCUACGAUGAGAGAGAGAUUCCAAGGGACAAACAGACUUCAACCUAGUAAUCUUUCCAAGGAAAUCGUUUGUACGUCUGCCCGGUUCUAUUCUAAGUGCAUGUGAGCUCUAGACCUCAGUGGCUGCAUCUUUUGCCAGUGACGUUGCGUAUUAUUGAAAAAAUAUGCUAAUCAGCUUGUGAGCCAGUUUAACUGAGCUAAAGAUUGUGCAAGUUUUCUUCCUCUGUGGUUUAGAAAUGGAGACCUUGUCAGUACUAAAUUCUGAAGCUUUAGGUAGAUUUUUUUUUUUCUCCUAGCCACUACUUUUAUACAUAAAUCCACCUUUUUUUACCUAGAAUCACCCUUAUGAAAUCAAAGAUUUUAAGUAUGUGUAUAUACAGUCCAUGCUGUCACAUAGUUAUAAAUAUGAAUGUUAUUUAACACUUAACUUAAUGACUUUGUGGGA